UUCUCGGCCUGACUCGGGACCCCCUUCCCAGAUGAACCGAGUUCGAGAGGAAGGUGUUUCUCGAAGCCAAAUAAGACCAGGGAGGGGGAAAGCGACGUUUCGUCUCCGUCCUGCGCACGAGCACCAUUCACACGUUGAUGCUCCCGGCGGAGAAGGAAAGGCGCAGUUCUCCCAACUAGCCUGCAGGGGCCGCUGCUGGAGGCGGGCGUCGAGCAGGGGACACCCUUCUCGACGGCCCGCGGGGAUGACGUCAUUCGAGCGCCGGGGCUCGUCGUUGCUUUUCGUGCCGGGCGUGGGAACCGGAAGUGCUGGAGGAGCAACUGCAGCUUCCCGGCCCGGUAGCGUGGAGAGCGAAACCUUUGGGGGCCUCAGAGCCAUGGGGAAGAAGAGUAAGAACGGAGUCCCGGACAGAUGGACUCAUUACAUACCUCUUGGAAAGAGAAUACCUGGAACACGCUUUAUAGCUUUUAAAGUUCCACUUAAGAAGACUUUUGAUUGGAAACUUGCUCCAAAUGAACGGUUUUCUCCAUUAGACCUUAUUAAUCAGGUUACAGAACAGAAAGAAGAACUUGGCUUGGUCAUUGACUUAACAUACACCACCCGCUAUUAUGAGCCAGAGGAGCUCCUAGGCACGACGCAGUACUGCAAAAUUGUAACUGUUGGCCAUGAAGUACCAAAUAAUGAGACAGUGUUUGAAUUUAAAAGUGCUGUUAAAAAGUUCCUGAUGGAGAAUCAACAUAAUGAUAAGCUUAUUGGAGUUCACUGCACACAUGGUUUGAAUCGAACUGGUUACCUUGUUUGCAGGUACCUAAUUGAUGUUGAAGGAAUGGAUCCAAACAUGGCAAUAGAAUUGUUUAACAGGUGCAGGGGGCACUCAAUAGAAAGGAAGAACUACAUUGAAGCCCUUAGGGGAGGAUCUGGAAGAAGGAAUCAUUAUAUGGCUGCUUCAGGACGUGGUUGGAUGAAAGGGUACUAUGGCCCUGUUGGAAAUCCUGCAUUUGAAGCAACAUACAGUCAGCAACAUUUGCAGCCGUUCCCACUGGAAACACCAAGGCACUUCCCACCAAGGAGAGGAAGGGGUGGACAAAACCCACAGAGAAAACCCUAUCAUACCAAUCACAGAAACCUCAUCAACUGUUAUGACAGUGGUCAGUCUGUUUACCAUCCUCAGUACCUCCCUACAGCUGACAUCACUCACCAAGGAUUGGAUUACUCUGUUAGGUCCAGCCAGGGGCUACACUAUUCAUCUUACCAGCAACAAUUGCAAGGACAUGCGGGGCCUCAUUUUCCAGUGCAGAGUCCUCAUUAUCCACAGCAACAAGGACGAUAUAAAAUUGUCAGACGGGACCGUUGAAAACUCUGUUGAUGGAAACCUAACAGGCAAGGAGGACACAAUCUCAUACUAAUCAACAUACCGUAAAUGAAUUAUUGCCUCGCGAUUUAGCCAGCAGAUGAGACCCAACAGGUUACAGUUAUUAUUGUUUAUUUAUUACUCACCUUCACUCUGUGGUUCCAGGGCAGGACCACUUUGUACCACAUCACACCAAUGCUGUGUAGUUUUCAUUUUGUGAUUGCUUACCAGCAAGAUGUAGCCAUUCCAGCCAUUAAAUGAAUUCAUAAUUGAUAAUCGCUUAUUGGCUGGUCUCCUGAAAUGUCUCUUAUUAAAGUCAUGUUUGGGAGUUAUAAGGCUCCUCAGUGCGGAAGCUGCUUCCACAAAUGUUAGCAAACUGACCUCAAAAUGUGUGUUAAAUAAAGAUUACUUUCCCCUGCUCUUGACAUGACCCUCUCAAGAGGAAAAUGGACUUGGUCCUUUCAAAAUGGAUUUCUGGUUCAUAAAUCAGUUCAACUCCAGUUUGCAACCAGAUUCAAUGAACUAGUUGCUGCUUUCUCCGUAACCUGGGAACUCUUCCUAUAGUCCUAUAGGGAUGCUGUCAGUUGCACCAAUCAUAAUGUGUUGUCAUAUGUAACUGAAGCUGUGUGGGUCUGAACCAUGUAGAACCAGCGCUACCCUAUAAUGAAACUUACAGUAAUCCCUCGUUUUAUACAUGGGUUUGGUUCCAAGGAUCAUGUCCGAUCACCAACAUCAUGUAUAGGGCGUGAUUUUUUUAAAAGCUCUUUGCACACCUGGUAACCCCAAAUGGAUCUGGCGCAAAAAAAUGCUUUUAAACUUUCUGCCUUGCUUCAGACUUGAGUUGCCCAAUUGACUUGUUGCUGUUUCAACAAGCUCACCUUCAACCAUGUUUGGCUGAAAUUGUGCAGGUCAAAUGUGUGUAAAGUGAGGGGUUACUGUACCAGGUUUGGGAAUUUUCUAAUCUUGGGUUUUUGUUUUCUUUUGCCUUCUAUUACAUAACAGAUGUCUCAUUUGCAUUGAUCUAUUGGAGUUGAUAUUUCACAUACACUGUAUUAUUAUGCCGUGCGGGUGGAGUAUCUGCACCUGAUACUACCCUCAAAUUUAAUUGUCGUGUGCAAAUCUUUUGUAAGCUGCAGUGAGAGCCUCUUGGGGCUAUGGAGCAGAACAUAAAUGCUGUAUUCUAAAUAAAUAAUAGCUGUAUCCUC